GUACCGGGUUGGUCAAAUUCGGAUCCGAUUGGGUUGUGCCCGUAUCGUAAUCUCUCUCUCUCUCCGAGCUCGCGCGAGAGGAAGCCGAAACGGAGCUCCGACAUCCCAUAGCGCCGGCGGCGGCGUUCUGGUUCUAUCCUCAAGCUCGUAGCUGCAAAAAAUCCGCCGAUUGUGGAGUUUAACACGGCGACAUUAGCUCCUCAUCGAGCAGUUUCGGCGCAACAAUUGGGGAGGAAAAAUGGCGUUGCAGACUGGGGUUUCUAGCUCCAAGGUUCUGAUUCUCGCCGGUGCAGGUUUAACUGGCUCAAUUGUUUUCAAUAGUGGUCGGCUUUCGGAGCUCGUUUCACAGCUUCAGGAAAUUCUGAAGGGCGUGGAUGAGGCCGAGGUCUUGUCCAACAAGUUCAAUAGCGCUCUUCUUGCAGCUCAGAUUAGGCAGUUGGCACAAGAUAUCAAGGAGUUAUCCUUGUCCAAUCCGAUAACCAUCUAUAAUGGGAACUCAGCGUCAAGUGGGAGUUAUGCUUCUUACCUAGUACCAGCUGCUGCACUUGGCGCAGUGGGGUAUUGUUACAUGUGGUGGAAGGGCUGGUCAUUCACUGAUGCAAUGUUUGUUACAAAGCGCAAUAUGGAAAAUGCUGUUGCAACUGUAUCAAAACAAUUAGAGAAUGUGUCUCAAACAUUGGCAACAACAAGGAGGCACCUAUCGAAGAGGCUUGAGAGCUUGGAUUGGAAGUUCGACGAGCAAAAGGAGAUAUCCAAGCUUAUCGCAGAUGAUGUAAAUGACGUGAAGUUGAACCUAUCUCAGAUAGGACUCAAUGUCGAAGUAAUCCACCAGAUGGUUUCUGGGUUGGAAGACAAAAUCGAGUUGUUUGAGAGCAAACAGGAUGUCACCAACUCUGGUUUAUGGCAUUUGUGUCAACUAGCUGAUGGUUUUCAAGAUGCCCAAAACAGCAGAAAGAUUAAGGAUAUCAGUGGCAAACUAGCCAAGAACUUGAGAUUGCCAUACGAGGAGACAUCUGCAAAGGGGCUUCAAUUCAUUUCCGAAACGAAUCGAUUAAAUGACAUUGAAAAUUCAAUCACGAGUGCGAAGAGUAAUGGUGCUGACAGUCUUAUAACGGAAAAGGUCCCAAUUACUACACGAAGAAUACACAGAUAUUAUCCAGCUGCUGGGAUUUCACUGGCUCAGGGGAUAAUCUGAAACACAUGAUCCUUUUCUUUGAUCGGUCGCAAAAUUUUUCUCAUUGGUUACCCGACUCGCCUCUAUAAUUGAGUCCCGGAAUGUGGGAUUAGAUUAUCAGAUUGUUUACGUUGAUAGGUUGCGUUAUUGCAUCCGAUUGCUCUGGUACGCAGUUACCGCCACUUCAUUCUGCUCAUAUAUUCAUUUGAUUUCAUCUGUUGUGCCAAUAAGCUUUUGGCAGGCUGUAAACGAAGAUAAUGCUAUUAAAUUGUUGUAAAGUUGUUGAUGAAGGGAGCUAUAUUCUGUACCCUGUUUCA